GACCAAUAGCGUAUGCCAGGUGGCGGCCGUUGGGCAGAGUGGAUGGCAGAGGAAGCCGAGCGGUAACGGAGAGCUGUCCGAGUGACCGUCAGCAACCAUGGGGAACCGGGGGAUGGAGGAGCUGAUUCCCCUCGUCAACAAGCUCCAGGACGCGUUCAGUUCCAUAGGCCAAUCCUGCAACCUCGACUUGCCGCAGAUAGCCGUGGUGGGAGGACAGAGCGCCGGCAAGAGUUCCGUGCUGGAAAACUUCGUCGGCCGAGACUUCUUGCCCCGUGGAUCCGGCAUCGUCACACGUCGUCCCCUCAUCCUCCAGCUCAUAUUUUCUAAAACAGAAUACGCUGAAUUCCUUCACUGCAAAUCCAAGAAAUUCACAGACUUUGAUGAGGUUCGUCAGGAGAUCGAAGCGGAAACUGAGAGAGUAACUGGAUCAAACAAAGGCAUCUCACCAGUACCCAUCAAUCUGCGGGUAUAUUCUCCUCAUGUUCUGAACUUGACCUUGAUUGACCUCCCGGGUAUCACCAAGGUCCCUGUUGGUGACCAACCACAGGACAUAGAAUACCAGAUCAAGGACAUGAUUCUGCAGUUCAUCUCCCGGGAGAGCUGCCUCAUCCUGGCCGUCACGCCCGCCAAUACCGAUCUGGCAAACUCGGACGCCCUGAAAAUGGCCAAGGAGGUGGAUCCACAAGGUUUACGGACUAUUGGUGUUAUAACCAAGCUGGAUUUAAUGGACGAAGGCACAGACGCCAGGGACAUUCUGGAGAACAAACUACUGCCAUUAAGAAGAGGUUAUAUUGGGGUUGUGAACAGAAGUCAGAAGGACAUAGAUGGUAAAAAAGAUAUCCGGGCAGCUCUGGCAGCAGAAAGGAAGUUUUUCCUGUCUCAUCCUGGGUAUCGGCACAUAGCUGACAAAAUGGGAACGCCUCAUUUACAGAAGACCUUAAAUCAGCAACUCACCAACCACAUCCGGGAGACUCUGCCUGCCCUGAGGAGCAAACUGCAGAGUCAGAUGCUUUCCCUGGAGAAGGAGGUAGAGGAGUAUAAAAACUUCCGCCCAGAUGAUCCCACUAGGAAGACGAAAGCUCUCCUUCAGAUGGUGCAGCAGCUUGGAGUGGAUUUUGAGAAGAGAAUUGAAGGAUCGGGCGACCAGGUGGACACGCUGGAGCUCUCUGGAGGUGCCAGGAUUAACCGCAUUUUCCAUGAACGUUUUCCCUUUGAGCUUGUGAAGAUGGAGUUUGACGAGAAAGAUCUGCGGAGAGAAAUCAGCUACGCCAUUAAGAACAUCCACGGCGUGAGGACGGGUCUCUUUACCCCGGAUAUGGCCUUUGAGGCCAUAGUGAAGAAGCAGGUGGUAAAACUGAAGGAACCGUGCCUGAAAUGCGUGGAUCUGGUCAUCCAGGAGCUGAUCAACACUGUGAGGCAAUGUACAGUCAAGCUUUCCUCCUAUCCCAGACUUCGAGAAGAAAGUGAGAGGAUUGUCACAACGUACGUCCGGGAGAGGGAAGGGAAAACGAAAGAUCAGAUACUUCUACUGAUAGACAUUGAGUUGUCUUACAUCAACACCAAUCAUGAAGAUUUCAUUGGAUUUGCCAACUGUUAUACCGAGCAGCUCGUCCCAGGUGCGCAGCAGAGGAGCACCCAGCUCAACAAGAAGAGAACCGUCCCCAACCAGGGAGAGAUUCUGGUCAUCAGGAGAGGCUGGUUAACCAUCAAUAACAUAAGCAUCAUGAAGGGCGGCUCCAAGGAGUACUGGUUCGUGCUGACCGCCGAGUCCUUGUCCUGGUAUAAGGAUGAUGAGGAGAAAGAGAAGAAGUACAUGCUGCCGCUGGACAACCUGAAGAUCAGAGAUGUGGAGAAGGGGUUCAUGUCCACAAAACACAUCUUUGGCAUUUUCAACACUGAACAGCGGAACGUAUAUAAGGACUUGCGUCAGAUAGAACUUGCCUGUGACUCCCAGGAGGAUGUGGACAGCUGGAAGGCCUCUUUCCUCCGAGCCGGGGUCUAUCCUGAAAAAGACCAGACAGAAAAUGAAGAUGAAGUCCAGGAAAACACGUUCUCCAUGGACCCUCAGCUGGAAAGACAGGUGGAGACCAUCCGAAACCUGGUGGACUCCUACAUGGCAAUUAUCAAUAAGUCCAUCCGUGAUCUUAUGCCAAAGACCAUAAUGCACCUCAUGAUUAAUAAUACAAAAGACUUCAUUCACUCGGAGCUGCUGGCGUUUCUGUACUCCUCCACUGACCAGAACAGCCUUAUGGAGGAGUCUGCGGACCAGGCUCAGCGACGAGACGAAAUGCUCAAGAUGUACCAUGCACUGAAGGAGUCUCUGAAUAUCAUUGGUGACAUUACCACUAGCACGAUCACCACCCCUGUCCCUCCACCGGUGGACGACGCCUGGCUGCAGAACUCCAGCAGCGGACACAGUCCAAAUGUGCAGAGGAGACCGGCUACCAACAUCUUGCCUCCAAGCCGCCCGCCUGCGGUGAGGGGCCCAACUCCUGGGCCCCCACUCAUCCCUAUACCUGCAGGAGGCGCUGCGUAUCCACCUAUCCCAUCCCGCCCUGGUUCUGUGGCUCCUUUCCCUGCUGCUAACAAUGACCCAUUCUCUGCACCUCCACAGAUCCCAAACCGGCCAGCUCGUAUACCCCCUGGUGUACCUCCCGGUGUGCCCAGCCGGAGACCUCCCGCCGCCCCAAAUCGUCCCACCAUAAUCCGACCAGCAGAGCCCUCCUUACUAGACUAAGCCUCGGGAGGGGGCGAUUAGAGCAAAGUUUUUCUGCCAUUGCAAUCCUUGUUUGGGAGAGGGGAUUUAUGCGCAGGGUGUUGGUCUCCAUUAUCACAGAUGCCGUGCCACCCGGGUGCCGAAUCUGUCCUCGCUCUCGUCACCACUGCCGCUAGGAAUAAACUUUAUACACCUCCACGUGAUCCGCAUAGAGCGAAUGACUGUGUGUGCAGGCGGCUGCAGGUUCGAUGGCGGCCAUUCAGUAUUUCCUUUACCAUCAGUGAUCUGCCAUCUGUAGCUCUUUCAGCCCCAACAGCGAGAGCGCCACUGGUGGCAGCCCACUGCAUUGCAAGGGUUCAGUGAGAAGCGGAGUCUGUUUCUGUCUGUAGUCAGAUCAGUGAACUACAGCGUUAAAUUUGGUGUCGAGCGGAAAAAGUGUGACGUUAAUGGGGGGGGGGGGGGGGGAAGACUGCUUAAAAGGCAUCUGUCAGCAGUUUUUUUUACCUCUGACAAUGGCUGACCUGUUACAUGUGUCCUUGGCAGCUUAAGGCACCUGUGUUGGUCCCAUGUUCAUAUUUUCAUUGCUGGGAAAAAUGAUGUUUUACUAUGUGCAAUGGGGGCGUUGCCGUUGCACCUAGAGGCUCUGCCCUCUGUACCUGCCUCACAGUCUGCAUUUUGACAGGGCCAGGCAGUGUAAAAGUCAUCACACCUGGCUGUGUCAGGAGCGGAGCCUUUAGGUGUAAUGGUAACGCCCCCGUUGCUCCUAGAGGCUCAUUUUCAUAUAGUAAAACAUAGUUUCUCUCAACAAUGCGGGCACAUAUGUACAUGGGACCAACACAGAUGCCUUCAGCUGCCAAUCGCACAUGUAACAGGUCAGCCAGUGUCAUAGGGACAAAACUGCUGACAGAUCCCCUUUAGCAUCCACAGUGUGUAAUAUAUAUAUAUGUGACCGCCGGUAAGUCCCGGUUUUAACACCCCUCUCCCCCUAUUCCAAGCACGGGAUAUACUGAUCUAUGCUCAUGAGAUGAGUGUACAGUUUUUGGAUCUUUAAAAAAAAAUUGCAUUCAUUUUCAUAUAUAUUUAACAGUCUCUAUAAAAAACCUAUAUCCUGUGAAGAUUUUUUAUUUUUUCUUUCCUCCAGAAUUUAGAGUUGAAUUCUCUAUAAAUCAGUGCCUUGUAUACUGUACGGGUGUGAGGGGUAGAGGAGAAGGGCGAGUUCAGAAUCAUCCGCCACCAUGAAGAUGAUGGUGUCUAGACUUUGCAAACUGCUUGGAACUGGGGCAGGAUCUGCUGGUGCAGCUUUGGGCGGCAUAUCAUAGCAGCGGGGGGGAUGAACAACGUAAAAAAUGAAAAUCAUAUAGUACAUGCCAAUCUCUUUCUAAAUAAAUUUAAAAAAAAAGCUAGAACCAGCCCUGUACGUCACAUGGGACCAGCGAUCUGCCCAUGUAUUGCUCCAUUUGUUCCACUACAUUUAUUUCAAGCUGACAGCUCAGGGGGCAUGUCCUUUCUGCUGCAUCUGGUGGCAGUUGAAAGAAUUGAGCAUGUGCGUCCACCUCCGUGAGCUGGACAGAGAAAUUAGUGAAAGAGCACUGAAUCUGCUAAAGCAAGGAAUAAGAUGAAGAUGAACCCCAACUACCCGUCAAUUGGCUCUAGUGAGGAUAAGUGUCUAAAAGGUGCUGCUUAUCUCCUGGUCUAGUUCCUAUAGAUGGACCGUACAGGAACCUGACCUCAUGCCUUCAUCUAUCAUUGCUAGACAUGGCUCCGAGCACCCUUGUACCCCAGCACGGCCAUUAAGAGGGGCGGUAAGAGCACUGUCCAUGCACUUAAAGGAAAGUUCUGGUGAUCCACGGUUACUCCAUCUUGGAACGUGCCCCUCACCUGCACAGUGUAAAGAUCUUUAGGCUGCCUGUUUUCCCUGUUACGGUAUAGUUUCUACAGUGCAGCAGCUAAUGGCAGUGCCUUCCUGUGACAACUAAGCUCCGCCCACUACAUAAGUCGUCAGAAAGUCGGAAUAUUCGUUUUAACUGUUCUUGGGCCGAUGGGGGUGACAAAUUAACGUGCACAGGCAACUGCACGUCCCUGCUCCCUGAGUACAAGCAGUUUGUACAGUCACACACCAGCCCCUCCAGCAGACCUGUCAGCUGAACACAUGGGGGUUUGGGCUAUGACUUGGGCUGUCCAGUACCAGAGGCUGCUGGAGUGGAGGUCAGUGAUGCUACUGGACGGGCCGAGCACUGCCGCCACCUGCAGGGGAGGUUCUGAUCCAGUCCGUGUCUCACCAGAGAUAGAGGAAGCGCCCUGGACUCUGAGUCUUUAUAUAGUUGUAAAGGAGCCGCUGGUUUGUUACCCCCGAGAAGAACUGUGUACAACUUACCUCCCUGAUUCUGUACCUUAUUAAUAAACUAAAAUAAAGGGAACUUUAUCCUC